UUUUAUUUUUGUUUUUGUUUUUUUCUACAGUAGGGAAGACUGAUCCCUACUUAAGGAAGCCUCCCUCCUUUUCAGUGGGAGAACUCAGACCCUCAUCUCUCUGUUCCUCCUCCCUCUCCUGCAAGAGAUGGGUGUUUACACCUGGUUAUGGCUGUGGGUGUUGAUGGACGUUGGAGUAAUAUCUGAGUCCACCUGUAGGCUUCAGGAGACGCUGAACUCUCAGAGUGUGUAUAAGGAGGGUGACGUGAUCAUUGGAGCAGUGUUCCCUAUUCAUUUACAGCCGCCUGAGCCAAACCUGGACUUCACACAACGAGCAGCACCUUUUCGGUGUCAGAGUUUUUAUUUGCGUGGAUACCGUUGGCUGCAGACCGCGAUCUUUGCAGUGGAGGAGAUAAACAGAAACCCCCAGCUGCUGCCCAAUCUCACCCUGGGGUAUGCCCUGGCUGACACUUGUCUUGCAGAGACAACAACAUUAGGCGCUGCACUGGGGCUGGUAACCGGGAAGGACCCUGUUGUUACAAGCUCCAGGUGCGGCCGCACUCCCGAGGUGCCUGUCAUCGUCGGUGAUGCCCGCUCUUCAGGAUCUAUCGUGAUCGCUCGCACACUGGGAGUCUUCAGCAUCCCCAUGGUUAGCUACUCUGCAACAUGUGCUUGCCUUGGAGACCGUCAAAAGUACCCCACCUUCUUCCGCACUGUGCCCAGCGAUGCCUUUCAGGCCAGGGCCAUGGCACACAUGCUGCGCCUCUUUGGCUGGACCUGGGUGGGGGUGGUCAUGGGGGACGAGGACUACGGCAAGUCUGGGAUCCAACAUCUGCUGGAGGAGCUGCAGAACUCUGAGGUGUGUGUGGCCUUUUCUGAGGUCAUCCCCAAGGUCAACUUGGAGAAGAGUAUCCCGCGCAUUGUGGAGACACUCAGGCAUUCCACAGCCAAAGUCAUCAUCACUUUUGCCAUUUCCACAGACAUGUAUGUCCUUCUUAUGGAGGUGGUGAGCCAAAACAUCACUGACAAGCAAUGGAUUGCCUCAGAGUCCUGGAUUACCUCCAGUAUCAACUCCUCUCCAAAAAUCCUUCCCUUCCUGCGUGGUACAAUUGGAUUUGCCUUGCGCAAGGGAUACAUCCAGGGUCUCAGGUCUUUUCUCACAGGGUUUCAGCCCAAAGAUAGGCCCUCUGACCCCUUUGUGCAGGAAUUCUGGGAGGCAAUGCUCGGAUGCUCUUUCAGGAAUGACUCCAGCCUCCAGUCUGCCAGGCCCCAGUGCACAGGGUCUGAGAACUUGGACAAUGUUGAGAACAUUUAUACUGAUGUCUAUGAGCCAAGACUCACUUACAGUGUGUACAAGGCUGUGUAUGCCAUUGCACAUGCCAUUCACAACAUGCUGUCCUGCCAACCAGGAGAUGGCCCCUUUGAAAAUGGGGGGUGUCCAGAUGUCACCAACCUCCAGCCCUGGCAGAUUCUCCACUACCUCCGCACCAACAACUUUACCACACCUGUGGGGGAGGCUACACACUUUGACAAGAAUGGUGAGCCACCAGCCGCUUAUGACAUCAUUAAUUGGCAAGUGGGGGCACAGGGAACGGUGAAGUUUGUCAGAGUGGGACAGUUUGAUUCUGUGGAUGGAUCUCACGGCAAGUUUAACAUCAAUGUGACAAGAGUCGUCUGGGGCGGUGGCCAGAAUGAGGUGCCUGUAUCCAUCUGCAGCAUGCCCUGUCCCCCAGGCACCCGGAAGGCUGUGCAGAAAGGAAAGCCCAUCUGCUGCUUUGACUGCUUACCAUGUGCAGAAGGGGAGAUCAGCAACACCACUGGCUCAACAGAGUGCCAGAAGUGCCCAGAUAGAUUCUGGUCGGAUUCUGCUCGAACAACCUGCAUUCCAAAAGAGGUGGAGUUCCUGUCCUUCCAGGAGACCAUGGGGAUCAUUCUUGCUGCUCUUUCAGUCUCUGGGGUGGUCCUCACAACCACUGUCCUUGCCGCCUUCUUUUUCCACCGGGACACGCCCCUCGUUAGGGCAAACAAUGCAGAGUUGAGCUUCAUGCUGCUGCUGUCACUCUCUCUCUGCUUCCUGUGUGCACUGGCCUUCAUCGGUCGCCCCACCCCCUGGUCCUGUAUGUUGCGCCACACGCUGUUUGGGAUCAGCUUUGUGCUCUGCAUUUCCUGUGUCCUCAGCAGGACGGUGGUGGUGCUGGUGGCCUUCCGUGCCUCAGUCCCUGGCAGCAACAUCAUGCGGUACUUUGGCCCGGUGCAGCAGAGACUGGCCAUCUCCCUCUGCACCUCUGUCCAGGUGCUCAUCUGUGUGCUGUGGCUGGUUCUCUCACCGCCCAUCCCAGCCGAGAUACAGGGAAGGGCUGCCAGAAUCGUCCUGAAGUGUGAUGUGGGCUCAGGGGCUGGAUUUGCCUGUGUCCUGGGCUACAUUGGCCUGCUGGCAGCCAUCUGCUUCCUGCUGGCCUUUUUAGCCAGGAAGCUCCCAGACAACUUCAACGAGGCCAAGUUCAUCACCUUCAGCAUGCUCAUCUUCUGCGCUGUCUGGAUCACCUUUGUCCCUGCCUAUGUCAGCUCUCCUGGGAAAUACACAGUCGCUGUAGAGAUAUUUGCAAUCCUGGCCUCAGGCUAUGGACUACUGCUCUGCAUCUUUGCUCCCAAGUGUUAUAUAAUCCUACUGAGACCAGACAAGAACACCAAGAAGAAAAUAAUGGCCAAAUAAAAGUAAUAGUCCUUACAUUGCAUUAAUGUGUGAGAAAUAUUCAGGUGAUGGCUAGAGAAAAUAUUUAUCUGCUUCUGUUUAGAUGUCGGGUCACUAGACCGCUUAACUUCCAGAGCUGAAGCUGAAAGGCAUUUUAAUGCCGUGUAUUAAUGCAAUAAUUUAAGUUUAAGAGAUUAGAAUAAGUUUUAUCAUCCUAUGUAUCUUCCUUGAUCUAGUCCUUCCCAACACACAAUUGCCUUGUAACCAAAACUAUGAAAUUGCUAAAUCAUAAACAAUUCAGUUAUUAUAACAUGAAAAUAAUGGAAAAUAUUGAAUAAUAAAUCUCUGAAAAAAUUAUUCAUUAUAACAGAAACUGAACUGAUAAAAUAAAGCAUCUUUC